CUGGGCAUCAUCAUGGGCACCUUCACGCUUUGCUGGUUGCCCUUCUUCGUGGCCAACAUCAUCAAGGUCUUCUGCCGGCCGCUGGUGCCAGAUCAGCUCUUCCUCUUCCUCAACUGGCUGGGCUACAUCAACUCAGCCUUCAACCCCAUCAUCUACUGCCGCAGCCCCGACUUCCGUAAGGCCUUCAAGAGGCUGCUCUGCUGUCCCCGGAAAGCUGACCGGCGGCUGCACGCCAGCGGUGGG